AUGGGCUCUAGGUUCAUUGACACCAUUGAUACCACAUGGUAUGAAGCUCAUGCUACCUUCUACGGCGACAUAUCCGGUUAUGAGACUAUGCAGGGAGCAUGUGGGUAUGGAAAUCUGUUCCAGCAAGGUUAUGGGCUAGCAACGGCAGCAUUAAGUACCGCAUUGUUCAACAACGGUGGAAUUUGCGGAGCAUGCUUUGAGAUAAUGUGUGUGAACGAUGAACACAACUGGUGCAUACCAAAUGCAGGGACAAUCAAAAUAACGGCUACAAACUUUUGCCCGCCAAACUACACAAAAACAGUUGGUGUUUGGUGCAACCCUCCCCAACGUCAUUUCGACCUAUCUCUUUACAUGUUCAUCAAAAUGGCUCCUUAUAGGGCAGGGAUUAUCCCAGUCCGCUACCGUAGGAUGCUUUGCCAGAAACAAGGCGGUCUACGAUUUGAGCUCAAAGGAAAUCCCUAUUGGCUUCUUGUUUUGCUCUACAAUGUUGGUGGUGCAGGUGAUGUUGUUGAUGUUAAGAUUAAAGGCUCUUCUACUGGAUGGCUUCAAAUGUCAAGGAAUUGGGGACAAAAUUGGCAGGUUGGUACAUUUCUUGUGGGGCAAGGUUUGUCCUUUAGAGUCACUACUAGUGAUAGAAAGACCAUUGAGUUUGAUAAUGUUGUGCCAAGCUCUUGGCAAUUUGGACAAAACUUUGAAGGAAACUCUAAUUUCUAGCAAGUACUAUUUAGGUUUUCUUAGGAUCUUUUGUUUAGUGUAAUUUAGUUGAGUUGAGCUGAGCCAUAUUGGAUUUGAUCCAUUUAAAGUUUGCAACCAACUUAGUUUUUCUAGAUGUGCUUUUAAUAAAUUAGA